AUGCCCGCCACACAGCACAUUGACGACAAGGUCGAGUGGGACAUGGUGCUCGAAAAGACGCAAGUCGUGGUUGCUGACUGUAUGGCUCACCUCAUCAACUACGCUCUCCCCUUGGGACAACAAAAGCUAACUCCCACCCUCGUAGUUUACGCAGACUGGUGCGGCCCUUGCAAGAUGAUUGGGCCUCACUUUGAGCGCCUGGCCGACGAGUACGCCAAGCCCAAGAAGAUGGCCUUUGUCAAGGUCAACACGGAAAAGGGCAGCAUCGGGCAAAUGUACGGCGUCCGCAGCCUGCCCACGUUCAAGGUCCUCCACAAGGGCGUCGUCGUCGAGACCGUCACCGGUGCCAACCCCGCGGCGCUGGCCGGCGCCAUCGUCAAGGCCAGCAAGCUCGUGCAGGGCGGCGGCAGCGCAGAGGUCUUUGGCAACCGUGGCCAGACGCUCGGGGGCUCCGGCGCGAGCGGCUCUUCCCUCGCCAACAUUCGAUUUGAUCCCAUCUCUAUUGUAAAUCAUGUCAUUACAAUCAUCGGACUGUACUUGGUGUCCUUUUUCUCGCAAUUGCACAUUCGAUGUCACUGCAUGCAACCGUGUGGGGCGCCGCGCGACCUCAAGCUUCCAGCUCGUAGCUCCAACAUCCUCCGAUCAUACUUCGCGGCACGUCAAGUCUUUUUCUCGAAAUCUGCUUCGCAGCUACGGCUUACCAUUCGAGCAUCGUUGAACGGCAGUGACCUCUUAUCCCCGUCGAGCGGGUCAUUUGUGCCACAACCGCAGCACACCGCACAUCAUGGACAAUCCUUUGGACCAAACAACGUUGUCCACCAUCUCGCUGCUCGAGUCGCGUCUUCUGCGCAUCGAGCACCUCCUCUACGGCUCAUCAGCACCAACGCCACCUCCACAGCACGAAUCGGCAUUGCAAAAAUUGGCCAAUUUGGAAAAACGCUUCUCCAUGCUAACGUCGCGCAUCCGCGUCUACGGCGACCUCCUCAAGAUCUGUACGUCCCUCCCCCUCUCCCAGCACACCGCCAACCAUUUCCUUACGACCCCCUCCUCGCUUACCCUCUUCUCAUUCUCUACAGACAAGGCAUCUCCCGACUUCUUCCAAGCCCCCCACGCGACCGAGCUCCCGUCGCAGCUGCCCACCGACUCUGUUCGCGCAAUCGUGCUGUCAGCCGCGCCGUCGUUUCCUGCGACCGUGUCGGCGCUGACGGCCGUGCAGGAUGCGCCGGUGCCUGA